AUUCAACCGUGGUUUAUUCCAUUGUUCAAUCCGUCUUCGAUCGUGAUUGUUGCUUCGCGGUUGCACCAGAGAUCUCUAGUUGCUCGGUGCUUUGCAAUUUCGAAAUCUCACGCAACAAAGUCCGCAACAAACACUGGGUCUUAAUGCUGACAUGGAGAAAUUUGAUGCAAAAGAAAUAAGAGAUUCAGAGAAAAAACUUAUCUCGAAUUUCCUUGACGAUGAAGCACCUCAAGCAUUACCAAGCAUCGAAGAAUUCCACUUGGGGCAUUAUGGAGAGAUCUUAACUAAUCAAUUCUGUACAGCAUACUUGAAGAAAUUUGUCAAUGAUGAAGAUCUUGCGGUAUCUUUAACCAGGGCUAUAGAGCAACAACCUGCUUCUAACUUUGAAAUAUUAUCCGUUGGAAUUGCGUCCUUGUUACUCUAUGUUCAAACUAACUUCACCGGACCAGAAAAUACCCCAGACAUUGAGUGGCUGUUGGGCAAACGAGAGGAAGCGCUGAAAUUAUUGAGCCUUGAAGACCAGUGCAAUGAUAAUAUGAAGAAGCCUGAGCUCUUGUAUUUUUCAAAAUUAUUGUUCUCUGAUAAGACAUUACAAAACAAGUUCAGAACUACAGUCUGGUGGUUAUUCAGGGCUAAUUUGAUUCAUCAGAUUGUCUUGGAUGAAGCUUCGGCAACUUUGUUCAAUGAUACAGAGAAUUUAAUUGAGAGAAUUUCUGUUUCCGAUAUUUUGGAAGAUGAUUAUCUUCAGACAUUGUUCCAUGUCGAAGCAGUGCAGUUUUAUUUAUAUCAUGGAAGAGUACAGAACCUCGAGAAGCAUGUGGAAAUUGCACAACGUUCUGCAAAAUUGAACAUGCAACUUGUUGGUAUGCUUGGUAAGCGUACCAAGUAUCAACAAGACGAGAAAGCCCAAUUACUGCUGAAAGUAUCUGCUGACAAAGACAAUUUUCCAUUCAGAAAAUGCGAAGAUUUGCCCGCAGCUUUAGAAUUGAAUGAUGACUUGCGGUUGGAACGUAUCCAGUAUUCACAAGAAGAGGAAAUAAUUGAAUUGGGAGCCUUGGAAGAAGCAGUUGUUAUGGCAAAAUACUUCCAGAUUCAGAAGUCGCAACCGAAGGAUAAACUGGCGGAUGAAGAAAUUGUGCCUUACCUGAAUAAUGUUAUAGAGAAUUCAAGAAACUGGCCAUUGAGGAUGUCUUCUUUGUGUCAGCGAUGUAUGCUGGAAUCAAAUCACAAACGUACCGUUGAACGAUCUAUGUCUCAGACAGAAUAUCUGAUUGAGCAAGUGAAUUCUUCAAAGCCGUUAGUCUCACACCGUAUGGAUAUAUUUUUUGCCAGUGGUAUGAAACCUAUAUGGCAAGUUAAGCAAAUAUUAGCAGACCUAAUGAUCAAUCUGGGCAUGGUCAAGAGUGCUUUGGACUUGUUUUUGCAGCUACAACUUUGGGAGAGUGUCAUUGUUUGCUACACAAUUUUAGAACUACGACACAAGGCCGCGGAAAUAAUUCAACAAGAAAUAGACAAGAAACCUACCGUUAAGCUUUGGUGUCUUUUGGGUGAUGCGACUCAGGACACACGGUGUUAUGAAACUGCGUGGAAAAUAUCUAAUGAAAGAAGCAGUAGAGCUCAACGCCAUUGGGGCUUGUACUAUUUUGCUAAACAAAACUAUGCAGAAGCAGUACCGCAUUUGAAGUUGUCUGUCGAGUUGAAUAAUAUCCAAGAAAAUGUAUGGAUCAGACUUGGUUUUGCUGCGUUACAAAUCGAAGAUUGGAAAUUAGCUGCCACGGCGUACAGGCAUUACUGUGCACUCGAGCAAACGAAUUUUGAAGCAUGGAACAACCUAGCAAAAGCUUAUAUAAAGCUCGGGGAUAAACCGCGGGCUUGGCGUUCUCUUCAGGACGCAGUGAAGUGUAACUAUGACAAAUGGGAAGUCUGGGAUAAUUUAAUGGUAGUCAGCAUAGACUUGGGUCAUUUUUCUGAGGUAAUUCGAUGCUACCACCGUAUUUUAGAGCUAAAAGCUCAGCAUAAUGAUGUCCAAAUUUUGAAAAUUUUGACCACGGCAAUAAUCGAUGACAUAAAAGAUGCUGAUGGAAAUCCUACAAGCAGAUUACUCCAGAAAGCAUUGGAACUCUUCGGACACCUGACCGCAGCUGUACCCAACAAUUCCUCAAUUUGGCAGAUGUAUGCAGAGCUAACUGCCACCAAAAAUACAGAAAUCGAUCAUCAAAAAGCAGCUCAAUAUUUGCAGAGAGCACAUCGUACAGCAGUUGCAAAUCCAAAGUGGUUCAAGGAAGUGGAAGCAACGACAAAUGUGCUUGAAUUAUGCUCAGAUUUGGCAGAAUCAUAUUUGAAAUGUGCCAAAGCUGGUUCGCAGUUACAGCAAAAGGCGAUGCUGGGAAGCGCAAAGUUAUCAUUGGUAGGUGUUGUCAAGAAGGUCAAGGAACAGGAUUUCGGUGAUAAUGAAGAAAUCAAUGAAGGUUUGGCCAAAGUCGAAACUUAUUUGAACAAGAUUCUUGAAGAAUUUCAAAAAAUAAAUGAAUAAUGAAAUCAA